AUGACCAACGUCAUGGGAUUUGAACCCCUAGCCGCAAUUCACGAGCGAACUAUGACCUUUGUAUCCCAGUGCACCGAAGCAGGCAAUAACAGCGUUGACAUCUAUGCGGUUCAGAAGGACUUCGAUAUCAUGCAAGAGCUUACUUAUCACUCGAGUCUUCAAAAUGAGUACUCUUACGAUCUUGACGGGAAUGCAUUAUCUUCUCUAAUCAUUAAAUAA